AUGAGCCAGCCCUGGGACGUGGGCCGGGCCCUGGCGCUGGCCGCGCCGUUCCCCCUGUACCUGCGGUUGCUCGGGCUGCCCGUGCCGCUGGUGGGGGCCGCGGCCGGGGCCCGGCAGCUGGCGGCGCUGGCCGUGCCCCUGUGCUGCCCGCGGGGCAGGCUCGGGGCUGGGCUCGGCGCUCACCCUCAUCCCGCCCGCGGGGGGCACGGGCUGCCGCCACAGCCUGCAGCUCGGCGUGCCCGGCUCCCUGCCCUGCCCGCUGCCCUCCCUGCUGCCUUUCCUCUGCUCCGGCCGGUGCCCACCGCAGUGCCCAGCCCCGUGGGCAUCCCGGUGCCCGGCCCCGGCACAAGCAGUUCCAGAGCAUUAGAGCCGGGCGCUCUGGCGCAGGCGAGAGCUGUGCCAAGGGGAGCGGGGACCUCACCUGCGGAUGUGUCUGCAGCCGGCAGGGAGCCCGCUACGGGCAGCUCAAUCUCCCAGGGGUUAUGGGGCACGACAGGUGCCCUUCAGGAACACGGCAGAGGGGUUGAGGAAGGUGAUCCAAAGGGAAAAGGCUCCUUGGACGGUCCCUCUGGCUGGACAGUGAAAGGCAUUGAUCAGCCGACACCGGAACCAGGAGGGCCGGCAUCUCACGGAUCUCCCUUCCCUGGGCUCCAAGAGGAAACUCCGAGCUCUGCUGCAACCGAUCGUGCUGAUAACGCCGAGGAAAGCCUAAAUGCUACUGAGAGCAAUGAGGCAGCUUUGUUUAAAACAGCUCUUCCCACGGUUGGAGAUGCCCACGUCUCUGAAAACCUUUCAGACAUUCGCGAUGUCAACUUUGAGGCAGUGCAGAGCAUCUCCCAGGGCAGAGAGUACCAGGUUUUUCUCCUUGUCCUGGGCACUGUGGUGCUUUGGGAGCUGUUGGCCGCUUCCCUGGAAUGGACCAUGGAUGAGAGUAUCUACGAAUACCUGGACUUUGUGGACACCACGGACGGGUACGGGCGGCUGUGGCCGUGGGGUUCUGUGGGCACGGCUGACGGGGCGAGCGGCGUGUCUGUGCUGGUGGAUCCGCUGGAUUGCUCCCGGCGCUCCAUCCCCCGCCUCGCCGUGCACUUCUACGGCUACGCUGUCCUGGUGAUGCUCUCCCUGAUGGUCAGCGUCUUCUUUCCUGGCCACAUUCCCAGGAAAAGCGGCCGUGCUCCCGGGCUGGCCAAAGCGCUGUCCCUGCUGCGGGAGGACGGCCGGGCGCUGCUGUUGGCAGGCACCGUGUUCCUCGUGGGUGCUGCCAGCGCUGCCGGGCACAACUUCUUGCUGUGGCAGCUGCAGGACCAGGGCAGCAGCGAGCUCAAGGGGCUCCGGGUGGCCCUGGGACCGCUGGCAGAGCUGGCCCUUCAGCCCUUCUGGGGGGCGGAGGUGCUGAGCCUGGCCGUGCUGGCAGCGCGGCUCCUCAGCUGGUCGCUCUGGGCUCCCUGGGCAGCGCUGCCCGUAGGGGCGCUGCGGUGGCGGCCGGAGGGGACGGCGGGGGACACGGCCAGGCCGGGCACGGGGCGCUCCCUGCUCGCCCUGCUGCGGGGCGUGUGCGGGGGAGCCGGCCUGGGCACAUUCCCAGGGGAUUGUGGUGCAGCGCUUCGGGCUGCAGUGCUGCUCCAGCACAGCUGCCUGGGGCUCGGGGUCUGGAUCUUCUUCUUCGUAAUUGUCCCAUCCAAAUUGCCCCGGCAGAGAAAAAUUAAUUAUUCCCGGCUCCUGACUGCUGAUUCCAGUGAAAUGAGUGGCUCUGAGGAGGAGAACGAGAAGGACUGGCUGGUAAAGGCUAUAAAGGAUGAGGGCUUUAACAGGAAUUGGAUACAGCAGCAUGGGAUCAACUAAUCUGUACCUAAAUCUGUGGGGUGGAAAGGGAACCUGGUAUAAUGAUAACAUCCAGAAAUGACCAUCAAUUCUGAAGUGCUAAAUAUAUACAGGUUAUAUCUGACAGGAGAGAUUUUUAUUUAAAAGACAAACAAACAAAAAGCCCAACAACCUAUAAAACUUAUUUUCGUACUUCAUCGCAUUCUACCUUUUUUGUAAUUUUUCCUUUUUAACUUGAUGAUUUUGCUUCCAAAAUCCCAAAAGGAUAUUUCAGGUGUACAUUGGCUAAAUGAAUGUAGCUGAGUUUUUAGUCGAAAACCAGACUGGGAUUGUUGCUGCCAGAGCUGCUGCUGAGGCUGUGAGUGACAGUUGUGACCUGGGCUGUGACACAACCAAAUGGAAAUUAUUGACAUGCUGCCAGCGCACAGAACUCUCCCAAGGUGGCUGUGAACUCUUUGCACUGUAUACGGGAUGUGAAUAAAAACCUGGUUCAUUUGUAAAAGGUUUUUCC